CAUUUUAACGAACCAACGGCAAAGUGUCACUAAAACAGUUCUACAUUCCAAUCAAAAUCAGGUCGUGCACUGUAUAUCCCCCUUUCCCAGCCCGGUCUGCUAGGUCUGCCCUGCCAAGCCUCUCGGUUGAAAGUUUUGAUGUGUCCACAGUUCCGGACCUGCAUUCCGGCUAUUCCGAAAAAAAAAAACAGGGAAAGAAAGCAUAACGGCACACGGCCCACGGUCACGGGAAAGGAGAAAAAAGAGAUCAAAUGAAACGAUCCCUCUUUUCCAUGUAGGUCCCCUAGCAAAGGGGUUUCGCAAGUUCAACCAGGAUCAAACGCGUGCGUGAGUGUGGUGCCAGAAAGAAGAAAAAAAACAGGGAAAACCCUAGUGAAGCGAUAAAACUGCAGUGAAGAAAAAGUUCAUAACGAAGCGUGGGCGUCACGAUUUUUGUUUUCACAAUUCAAUUCAUCCUCCAAACGCGGGGUUGAACAGCUAGCCGGCUCCUCCCGUCUCUGGUGUGUGGAAAGUGUAUGUGAAAAACAGCAAGCCGGACCUGAGCAAGGGUUCACGUUCGGGGCCGUUCUCGGAAGCACACCGAAAAUGAAAAAUCCCUCGGUCCCGGGAUAGUGUAAAUAAUUAAAAACGAUAAAUGACAAUUUGAAAAUAAUUACGUGCUGCAUUACGUGGCGAGUUUCAAAGUGAACAAGUGCAUGAGUGUAUGUGUGUGUGAGUGCUCGUGUGUUCUUCAAUAGCUGUGUGCGAGUGUGGAAUAAAUUUGGUGUGAGGUUUAAAAGCUUAACCCGUGUACAGCAUGCGAAGUGCACGAAGCGAAUGGAAAAAGCGGGCCAAGUGUACAUGUAUUAAAACCAUUAAUCAACCGUAAAUCUUUUACUGCCCUGUGCGUUUGUGUGCGUGAGCUCUAUUGAAGUGUGGUGUGAAGUACAACUCAACAGGAAGAAAAGAGGAGGAUAAUUUUGGGGCAAACAUUGAAAAAUUAAAAAAAAAACGGCAAAUGCCUCUUAACUAUUUUGAAAUAUUGAAACAUAAAUAAAACAAAAAAAAAAACAAAAGAUAAAAAAUGAAAUAAUAGAAUAAAAAUAAAGUAAAACAAGAAGAGCGUUUGAGUGAAUAAAUUGUUCGGAGUAGAUAAAAAUGCAGAAAAAAGUGUUUAAACUGAAAGUAAAUGGUAAAAAUAUGAAAAUAAGAAAGUGAACAUACAAAACAUGCAACUACAGCAUUGAAAGCAAAAAACAAAAGUGAAAGAAUGUGAAUAAAAUAUAAGAGAGAAAGGAAAAAGUUAGAAAUCGCAAAUGAAAUAAAACAAACUAGUGAAAAUCGCCAAAAAUGACGAAAGCAGUGAAACACACAUUCGCAAAACAAUGUGCGUGAAGUGAAAAACAAGUGCAAAAAAAAAACAUAACAAAACAACCAUCGAACGAGUUCGAAGUUCAACGCCCCGAUCGUUACGGGUUGCAUUUUGUAGCUCUGUGGUCCGGUCAGGCUGAAUUUGAUUUGGAGCAAGGCUGGCAAGAUGGAUUCUCGGAAGGCCACAACAGCAGCCGCAUCGAGCGGCGCUCUGCUGAUUCGUGCAGGAUCGAUAUUUUUAAUCGGGAUCAUCAUUUUUGUACCAGUGAUAGCGGCCCUGCGAGACGUCCAGGUACAGGUGCCACCUGCCGUGCAGCGAGGCAAUCCAGCGACCCUGCACUGCUACUACGACAUGGACGGGGAAAGUUUGUACUCGGUCAAAUGGUACAAGGGACGGCGCGAGUUCUAUCGCUACACACCGAAGGAAAGCCCACCGAUGAAAAUUUUUCCCGCCCAGGGAGUUCAAGUUAAGCGUUCCGCUUCCAACGAAAGUCAACUGACGCUGCUCGGACUGUCACUGGCCUCGUCCGGCAAGUAUAGCUGCGAAGUGUCAGCCGAUGCACCAUCCUUUCACACAAUGAUCGUGACCGGCGAUCUGGAAGUGUGCGAGGUUCCGAAGCAUAUGCCCUCGAUACAUGGUAUGCGAUCGCGGUACCGGGUCGGUGACAUCGUCCGUGGAAACUGCACCUCGCACAAUUCGCGACCCCCGGCCAACCUUACCUGGUACAUCAACGAGGCGCAGGCUAAUCCAUCGUACAUCCGCACACACAAACCGUUCCGGGAGCGAAAGAACGAUUUCGAGACAUCGCUUGCCGGCAUACACUUCGUGGUGGGCAGCCACCAUUUCGUGAACGGGAAGCUAAAGAUCCGUUGUUCAGCAAGAAUUCAUGACAUCUACAUACAGUCGACGGAGCGCUCGAUUGACGAAGAUCGACCGAGGGUUAUUUCGGCCGCGUCCUCCGCAAACAGCAAUGGCAAUGGUGUGAAUGGAAAUGCGGUACCGUACGAUCAUUUCCCACCGUACGCUGAGAACGAGCUCGACCGGAAGGACUACAUGACACAUCUUCAGGGUGAUAUGGCCGCUUCGGGGAGUGCUCCCGCUGCCCGUCCACCCGUAACACUCGUCAGCUUCGAACAUGCCCGGCAGCUAACCAUCAAUCACUACAGCUGGACGUACAGCCCGCUCAUCGUGCUGCUUGUGCCGCUGAUUCACCCGCUGCUCUGUUCGCUUUUCCACCGGGCGUUAUCCCAGAGAGCAUGAUUUCGGGUAGACGAGCUCAAAUCACGACCUGCAAUGUGAGCGUCAAAGUGAUCAAACCAAGAUCAGAGUGCUUCAAAGUGGCCGUCUCGAUGUAGCUUAAUUCAUUCCCUUUAAUUCAACGUCGUCGUGUCGUCGCAACCUGCCUGGGAGUCAUCGUUGUCUGUGUGAGUGGCAUACAGGUAUAUCGUAGAAUGUAACUUCGGGUGGGGUGAUUCAAAGUGAAACCGAAUCCCAAAGAAAUGAAAAAAAAGAAACCCACACUCUCCAGCAUUGUAAAACAAACCCCCCACGGAAAAGUAAAUGAUAUAUUGAUAAAAAAAGACUUUUGCUAAACGCAAACGCAAUGAGCCUCAACGAAUAGUGCGAGUAGCGUACAGACGCGACCAUGGGUCGGUAGCAGAUAAGAAAGCGAACCCGGGAAGGUAAGUGGUAACGUGGGUGUGUAAUGUGUAUUAGUAAUGUUAAGGUGUAAGAUGAUCGUUGGCUAUUGAUCGAAACAGCAGAGUCUAGCUAGUGUUAUUGCAUUUGCACAAUGGGAUGCAAAAUGCGACAGUCUGUUCGGUAAGCUGGAUGAUAAUAUAGGUGGAUGGGUGUCGCAGCAACGGAAAACAAAAAACAGGAGAGAAGGGUAAGGAUUUCUAUUAGAGUUACUAUAAAUAGAAGGUGAAACCUUGUGAACAAUCUUCGCGAUCGCCGAGAUCGCGCUCUAAGCUCAGUAGUGCUCACAAAACUAGGCCAUAAUAUGAAGCAAAUAUAGGUGGGAGCGGAUGGUUAUAUGUGUCUGUGUUUGUGUGAAAUGUCCGUCAGCUUGAAUAAAAGCUCUUGUUUUCGUUUAUUUUUACUGUCAGAAUGAUUAAUACUGUUCUUCACUAGUUUUCAUUCAAAAACAGAAUCUUCCAACGCUUCGUUCUCCUAAUUGCAUAACUUUAGGCGCAUUCUCUUAGUCCGAUUGCUGAGCGUCCCUGUGAGAGAAUUUUCUCUUUGUUCGUCUCCUGCAAUUAUAAGAAUCCUUUAAACUGUCUUUCUUAAUCAUUUUUAUCAUUUUUAUUUUACAUAAAAAAUAUUUAUUGUGUAAAAACUUUUCCUUCCAAGCGUCAUUCGCUCGUUGCAAGUUUUGUGCAACUGUUUCUCUGCCUCCUGUAAAACCUGUAACAAAAAUUAUUUUUGAAACCUAAAAGAAAAACAAUCUCAAACCACACACACGCACAACGCAAUGCCCUUUUCACAUUUAUGCACCGACUUUUACUAAUGAGAAUCCUUCCAAGAAUAUCCUCCGUCACAACGAAACAAACCUACCCCGUGGGCGAGUGCAAAGCCGGUCAAGCGUUGCUAACGUCAAACGAAUUGUAUUUUAUUUUCUGCUAUUUUCAAAUCUCUAUCUUAUGUUUUUUCUCCCCAUUUUGUCAUCAAGUUGUUAGACGAUUUUCAUUGUGUAAAUAAUCUAGUCGAAAGUAAAGGUAAUGUAAGAGCGGAAAUCCGGAGACAUUGUUUCUGCACGUGCGUAUAUUCUAGAGAGUGCGUCCCGAAUGAUCGAGAGUGCACACUUUAGACAAAUGUCAUUUAGAUACAAGUCUAAAGCCAUGCAUGAAUAUCUAAACUGUAAGAUAUUUUCCGCCGAUGAUUGUACGAUAAACAUGCACCAGACGAGCGUGGCAACAAAGGGAUUUGACGGCUAACAAUUGUCACUGCUGGUGCGACAGUUAUAGCAAAACAAAAAAGCCCCAUUUUAAGUGUGAUAAGCGAUAAGUGUGGUGAAGGAAAAGAGGAAAAGAGAAGAGUUUCAAACAAACAAACAAAAAACUAUUGUAGAACAAAGAACAGAAGUUGAUUCACAUUAUUCAGCUUUAGUAAGUUUCGAGGGAGAAGAAAAAUGAAAAUCAGAGGGAAAAAAUAAUACUUUAUCCUUACACUGUCUAUAAGGAUGCGUCAAAAUGGUCAGAAAAAAAAACAUUUAUUUCAAACGAGCUGAGAUGUAAAUGUGAGCAGAGUAUUAGUAAACUAAAGAGGGGAUCGAGAGAGAGAGAGAAAACAAAAUGCGCGUCACCUUGUCCAGAACUGCUGACUAAUUGAAUUGUGUACCCCUGCGGGGGGAGCCCGGGCUGAAGUGGCACGCGAGACAGCAGCUGGUGAAGAAUAAAAUCUUGAAGAAACGGAA